AUGAAAAGAGCCUUAGAAAAUUCAUUAAAAACUGCAGUUGAAGUGAAAGAGUUUUCAUUUGAAAAAGCAACCAAGGAUGGAGAAAAUUAUUGUAGUGAUAUAUAUCGAAUAUAUGUGAAAUAUAUUAAAGAGAAUGAUAUUUCAAAGAAAUUGCAUGAGAAGAGUUUUAUUAUAAAAGAUGUUGGGGAAAUUGAACAACCAGAUACUAGUGAAAUGUUUAUGUACGAGAAAGUGCUACCAAAGUUAGAAGAAAUCCUCGAGUCGACUGGGGAGAAUGUCAAACUUAAGCCAAGUUGCUAUUUAACUAUAUCUGAUAAAAUAGAACUUUAUGUGCUAGAAGAUUUAGUCGCCUCGGGUUAUCAUAUAGCAGAUCGCUGGGUUGGAUUGAAUGACGUGCAGGCUAAAGUAAUAUUACAGAAGGUAGCCAAAUUUCAUGCAGCUUCAAUGAUAUAUGUUGAAAGGUUUCCAGAAGAAAUUGCUAAGCUUGAACCAGCAGGUUUUUCAAGUGACAACUUUGGUGAAGUGGCGCGAGUUCUCUAUAUAGACAGUGUUGAAUAUGUUGCUCAUAUGAUACAGAAUGAUUGGAACGGCUACGAAGAAAUCGCACGGAAAAUGUUGAAAAAUAAAGAAAAAUUUCACGAAAAAGUGAAAAAAUUAGUUAAUCCAAAAAACAGCAAAUUAAAUGUAAUAAAUCAUGCGGACUUGUGGUUAAAUAACUUUCUCUAUAAUUACUCAGACGAAAAUUUCAAAGAACCUCAAGAUGCAGUACUUAUAGACUUCCAGAACUGCUAUUUAGGUAGCUUAGGUUUGGAUAUAAAUUUUCUGAUUUACACAAGUUUCGACCUUAAUACAAUAAAGAGUGAUCAGCAUAAACUUUUGCGUUGUUACUAUGAUGAAUUAGAGAGAACUUUAAAACUAUGUGGAGCUACAAUAAUACCAACGUGGGAGUCGGUAAUAGAUGAAAUAAAUGCAACUCUGUUUGUGGCUUACUAUGCAGUUGUUUGUGAAAUGCCUAUGUGUUGUAUGAGUUUGGAAGCCUCUGAAGGUUUUCAAAAUGAGACUUAUACAAAUAAAGAAGUAAUGGCUGAAAAACGAAAACUAAUAUAUAGUAAUAAGAGAGUUUUAGAUACACUAAGGUAUAUGUUAGAUUAUUUAAAUAAAAUGGGUAUACUUGAUUAGCCAACGAAUGAUCAAAGGUUUAU